AUGCUUCGGAUUGUACCACAAUCAACCCUGCUAAACUACGUAGUUUUGAUCGCUACACAGCUUAAAUGGGCAUGGGAUUAUCUUCUCCAUCAGUCCUUCUUCCAGCACCAUGCAACUAGGUUGCCUGAAUACGUGGAUGAACUGUCGAUAAGGGAGUUUGAGAGCAAGAAUCCUGAAGAUCAUGUAAUAGAAUGUGCUGUUUGUCUGUGCAAGAUUGAUGAAGGAGAUGAGGUUAGAGAACUGAGGUGUGGCCAUUUGUUCCAUAGGGUUUGUUUGGAUAGGUGGAUCGGAUGUGGGCACGGGACGUGCCCGUUGUGCCGGAGUAAUCUGAAGCAGCCUAAGUUCGUGGCGGAGCUACACCGGGAGUUGAUUGUGUUCGACUUCUGCACCGUUAGAUCGGGUGGUGAGCGCUACACGUGGUGGCUGCGGUGA